CUCGCGUCUUCGGAUUUUAUUAUUUUAGCAUGGCGGCAUCUCAGCUGCCAAUCGAAGCCUUGCCGGCUUGGGCCCUCUUAAAUGACGUGGAAUUUAGAAGCGCAGAGGUACGAAGCAUUGACGGCAAAGGGCUUGGCCUCGUGGCCAAGAACGAUAUCCCUGGCGUGAGCGACGAUGCCUCCAGCACAGCAGCAAUCAUCCGAAUACCCCGAGAGCUUGUUUUAUCUGCCGAAGCUGUGGAGGCGUAUGCCAAAGUUGAUCAGAAUUUCAGACAGCUCCUUGAGGUUGCUGGACACCAAAGCACCAGGGGCGAUAUCCUGCUAUAUCUGCUAGCACAUCUUAUUCUAUCAAGAAGAAGCUCUCCAGGUAACAAGGGAUGUGCCUCAACGCCAUGGACUGAGUAUAUCAAGUUCUUGCCCCGAUCAAUCAGCGUUCCCACCAUGUGGACAAGCGAUGAGAGAGAGUUUUUACAAGGCACAUCUCUCGAGUCCUCGGUAAACGCAAAGCUCUCCGUGCUUUCCCGUGAAUACGACGAGCUUUCCGAAAAGGCAUCAGCACUACCCUUUUGGAACGAUCUCUUCGGCGAACCAGAGAUGAUGGAAGAUUGGAUCUUGGCUGAUGCCCUAUACCGUUCACGAUGCCUAGAACUCCCCCACGCUGGCCAUGCCAUGGUCCCUGGGCUAGAUAUGGCAAAUCACUCGCCUAACUACUUGGCGCGCUAUGACGAAACUCCCGAUGGCGACGUGGUUCUGCUUCCGAGCUCGGAAUCUGGGGUGUCAUCAGGGGAGGAGAUCACCAUCUCGUACGGAGAGGCCAAGUCAGCGGCCGAGAUGCUGUUUAGCUAUGGCUUCAUCGACCAGGAAUCCGCUGUAAAAGAGCUAGCACUGCACCUUGACGCCUUGCCUGACGACCCUCUGGGGAAAGCUAAACUUCACAUCUACAAAGGCCCACGAACUGUGCAGUUAUCUCUUACGGAGGGAAAUUUCUAUUGGCACAGCCCAUUAUUGUAUCUACUAAUUCUCAAUGAGGAAGAUGGUCUUGCGUUCCGAGUGGUGCAAGACACGUCGGGAGGUCGUGAACUAAGGCUACUCUGGCAAGACGAGGAUGUCACUGGACGAACCGGCGAAUUCGAAUCUCUCAUCCAAGAUCACCCUUUAUGCCAAAUUUUUAAGCUCCGAGCUGUAGCUGUGCUGGAGGAGCGGGUUUCCUCUCAGCUGGACAGAAUCACGACGGAGAUCUCGUACGGGGCAACGGAGCAAUCGCAGGCAGCAAAUCAACCCCGCGUGGAGUGCAUGUUAGCGGCUGAGAAGCUAAGAGAUCUUGAAGCGCAAAUCUUGCAGGGUGCGGCGGCCGCGCUAGAAAACGAGAAGGCGAGGCUGCUUCUGGACGCUCGCGUGGUGACAUAUCUCGGGUCUAUGGAAGAUACUCAAAAUGAGCAAGCGUCUAACCUGGCGUCCAAUGAGGACGACGAAUUCAGCUAGGUAGCCGAAAUGGCUAAGCGGCGUGGGAUGAGCAAGCCGGGGGAGCGCGCUCCAAGGAUCAAACUCUUCUUAGCCUUAGCGUGGGGAUCGACGAUUGAAGAUGCAUUUGCGCCGGCUUGACCCGACAUAGGAAACAUAUAGCCAAGACGACGGGCCAAGCCAAAUGCUGUCUAUAGCUUGGACCAAUUCUGAGCCGGGUUUGCAUCGCGAGCCCACUCGAAAAACGAAAGAACUAAGACUCAAACUAUUGACGAAAAUGGCACUAAAAUGCGGGUUGAACGUUCGAUGGCUCAUAACAAACAUGCAUGUGAUUGUUUGAGUUUGGAUAUCACUGCUAGAUUGACCAGAUUUAAUCGUACCAGAGCCCUGCUGAUAUCAGAUAAAACAUGAUGCCUUAAUUCGCCCCAGAAAAUAUUCACCAGCACGCAAAAAGAAGCAGAUCUCGUGAUCUUUUUAAUCAUUCCGC